AUGGAUUAUCUGAAGCAGAUUGAUGGAAUUGUGUCCACUGCCAAAUUUGGAGACUUGAUAGAAUUUUCCUAUCCCAUCGGCUAUUCACACUGGGGAGUGUAUGAUGAAGAUGGAUUUGUAAUCCAUUUUGCUGUAGCAGAUCAGGGGCAACUGAUGAACAACAUACGAACUUCCCUGCAAACAAUCUUCCCUGUAUGUGGGGACCUUCUUCUUGGGGAAACCAAGAUCCGCAGAGUGCCUCUUAGUGAGGUGAACGUCCCAAAAGGAGUCCAUGUCUUGAUUAGUAACAAUCGACAUGCCUUCACACCAUCAGAGCCUGAGGAAAUGAGACUACGCCAUGAGGCCCUGCUUGAUAAGGAAUUCCCAUACCAUCUAUUCAAUCUCAACUGCGAGCACUUUGCCACAUUUGUACGUUAUGGAAAAGCUGUGUGCAACCAGAUUCCUGCAAGACCCAAGAAUGUAGAGUGCGUGAAGGCAACUGCAGCCUUUUCAGACAUCGUCAGCACCCAUGCACGUCUGAAAAGUGAAGCCAGUGAGGAAGUGCCGUCUGAAGGGCAAGGUGGAGGUGGACAGGUAAGCAAAACAAGACCCUACUGA